AUGUCAGGAGAAUUGUCAGGAGAAAAUUCAAAAAACGAAAAAAUGGAGGAACACCUAGAAAAAUUAGAUAAUAAAAAUAUUUCAGCAAUGUCUAUCUUGCGGAAGAAAAAGAAACAUAACUGCCUUAUUGUUGACGAUGCUAUUAACGACGAUAAUAGCGUAAUUAGUCUUAGUAAUAAUACAAUGGAGCUAUUACAACUCUUCCGUGGAGACACUGUAUUAGUUAAAGGAAAAAAAAGAAAAGAUACAGUCUUAAUUGUCCUUGUUGAUGAUGAUAUGGAAGAUGGCAUUGCCCGAGUUAACCGAGUUGUUCGAAAUAAUCUUCGUGUUCGUCUUGGAGAUAUUAUUACAAUUCAUCCCUGCCCUGAUAUCAAGUAUGCAUUAAGAGUAUCCGUCUUGCCUUUAGCAGAUACUGUUGAAGGUCUUACUGGUUCCCUCUUUGAAGUUUAUCUUAAACCAUAUUUUGUUGAAGCCUAUAGACCUGUUCGUAAGGGAGAUCUUUUUACUGUGCGUGGGGGAAUGCGACAAGUAGAAUUUAAAGUUAUUGAAAUUGAUCCCUCUGAAUAUGGUAUUGUUGCUCAAGAUACAAUUAUACACUGUGAGGGGGAACCUAUUAGUAGAGAAGAAGAAAACAAUCUCGCUGAUGUAGGAUACGAUGAUAUUGGUGGAUGUAGAAAAAAAAUGGCGCAAAUUCGUGAACUGGUAGAACUACCUCUUCGUCAUCCACAGUUAUUUAAAAGUAUUGGUAUUAAACCGCCUAGAGGAAUUCUUCUAUAUGGGCCUCCUGGAACUGGAAAAACACUUAUGGCAAGAGCUGUUGCCAACGAAACUGGUGCUUUCUUUUUUCUUAUUAAUGGCCCUGAGAUAAUGAGUAAAAUGGCAGGAGAAUCAGAAAGCAAUCUUCGAAAAGCAUUUGAAGAAGCAGAAAAAAACUCUCCAUCUAUUAUUUUCAUUGACGAAAUUGAUUCUAUAGCUCCUAAGCGUGAAAAAACAAACGGGGAAGUUGAGCGUAGAGUUGUUUCACAAUUACUUACUUUAAUGGAUGGAAUGAAAGCUCGUUCAAAUGUGAUCGUAAUGGCAGCAACUAAUCGUCCUAAUUCUAUUGAUCCUGCUCUUCGUCGAUUUGGUAGAUUCGAUAGAGAAAUCGAUAUUUCUAUACCAGAUCCCACUGGAAGACUUGAAAUCCUCCAAAUCCAUACUAAAAAUAUGAAAUUAGGGGACGAUGUUGAUCUUCAACAAAUCGCAUCAGAAACUCAUGGUUACGUUGGUAGCGAUAUUGCAUCUUUAUGUUCUGAAGCAGCUAUGCAACAAAUUAGAGAGAAGAUGGAUCUUAUAGAUUUGGAAGAAGAUACUAUCGAUGCAGAAGUUCUUGAUUCUUUAGGAGUUACAAUGGAAAACUUUAGAUUUGCUUUAAGUGUUUCAAAUCCAUCUGCUUUACGUGAAACUGUUGUCGAAGUACCUAAUGUUCGAUGGGAAGAUAUUGGUGGACUAGAAAAUGUUAAAGCAGAGCUUAGAGAAACAAUUCAAUACCCUGUAGAACAUCCUGAGAAAUUUAUUAAAUUUGGAAUGUCACCAAGCAAAGGAAUAUUGUUUUAUGGACCUCCAGGAACUGGAAAAACUUUACUAGCAAAAGCCAUUGCAAAUGAAUGCGCAGCAAACUUUAUUUCUGUAAAAGGACCAGAAUUGCUUUCUAUGUGGUUCGGUGAAAGUGAAUCAAACAUAAGAGAUGUUUUUGACAAAGCACGAGCUGCUGCACCAUGUGUUAUAUUUCUAGACGAACUCGAUUCUAUAGCAAAAUCUCGAGGAGGUAGUAUUGGCGAUUCAGGGGGAGCUUCAGAUCGUGUAGUAAAUCAACUUCUUACUGAAAUGGAUGGAAUGACAACCAAAAAAAAUGUAUUCGUUAUUGGUGCUACUAAUCGUCCAGAUCAGAUCGAUCCAGCUCUUAUGCGUCCUGGGCGUUUAGAUCAAUUAAUUUACGUCCCACUUCCUGAUAUGGCAUCAAGAUUAAGUAUUCUUAAGGCUCAACUUCGUAACAGUCCUGUUGCAGCAAAUGUUGAUCUUUCUGCAAUUGCAAAAGCAACACAUGGGUUUUCAGGGGCAGACUUAGCAGGAUUAACCAUGAGAGCAGUAAAAUUAGCAAUUAAGGAAUCUAUAUAUUUUGAAAUUGAACGAGAAAAAUCCCAAAAAGAAAAAAAUGAAAAUGAAAUAGAAGAUAUAGAAAUGGAUGAUCCUGUUCCUGAAAUCACUAGAGCUCAUUUUGAAGAGUCAAUGAGAUAUUCACGAAGAUCUGUAUUAGAUUCAGAUCUUAGAAAAUAUGAAAUGUUUGCAAAUCAAUUCCAACAAAAUCAAGGCUUUAGUACAUUUAAGUUUGAUGAUUCUAUAAAUAAUAAUGGGACAGAAAAUUUACCUAGAGGAGCUGUAUUUAAUGAAGAAACAGGUGACGAUCUAUAUUCAUAG